AUGAAACAGCUCAUAUUUGCGCUACUGCUAGUGCUGACCGUACUGUUAGCAGUACAAAGCGCCCCAUUGGAUGAUAUCCGACCAAGAAGAGAUCUGAAGGAACUCGAACGUAUAAUGAAAGAAAUGGUUGAAAGUCAUGGCAUAAUCCACAGAGCGUCUCGAUCUCGCCAAUCAUGGGUUUUCAAUUCUUAUACAGAGGUUGAAGCAUUCGCACCAAAGAGGACAGGAUUCAUAAUGAUGAAAUUCGCAAAAACAGAACAAAAGGAAUCCCCAAUCAAAUGUCGUGCUGGGAGGAAUUUCUUGGAAGAAUUGCACGAAUACAAAUUUCAGCUCCAAAGUGGAAUCUCGGCAAAAGAGAAAAAAAUUGGACAUAAGAUUGAGUCAUCGAUUUAA